CCAGGGGGCGCUUCUCUGCGGUCACUGCAUUUUUCUUCAGCCAGAGUCAGAGGUUGUUUUGCUGCUGUAGUAGUUGAGCUUUCAGAAAGUCAAUGUGGGAUGACCGUCAGAAGGACACAUCCAGAGAACGAGCCUCGUCCUGCUCAGACAGACUCCAGCCUCCAGGGCCUGAUGAGCACCGGCCCGUUCCAGGGCCUCGUCCAGACCGCCAUGCCUCGCUUCUUCUGCUUUCUGCUCCCCAGGGUGGAUGCAGCUGAUGUGGCUGCUGGGCAGAUGCCCCCCUCUUCCUCCUCCUCCUCCUCCUCCUCUCGUCCUGCAGCCGGCUCUCUGCCAAAGAUCAUCGGCAGGCCAGAGUUUCCAGAUACGGGAUGGCAGCGCAUCAAGGACCUCUUUGAUCAAGAUGAGAGGCAGAGACCCCCAGAGGAGGUGAUGACCGUGGUGAAGUGCGGCAUUCUGGGAGCGUUCGCAGGCUUCCUGUACGGCGGCCUGCCGGCUGCGCGCCUCGCCAGGCAGAGGUACAUCCAGGUCAGCCAGGCGGAGCUGUACACGGGUCGCAUGGAAGCCGUCCGCUCCGCUCACAACGCAGCGAUCCGAGGUUUUCUACGGUACGGCUGGAGAUGGAGCUGGAGAGUUUCUGUUAUUGUCACUUUGUUCAGCUCCGUCAGCACCGGCCUGUCUGUGUACAGAAACAAAGACGCUGUCAGUAAUUACGUUGCAGCUGGAGCUGUCACGGUCGGCCUCUUCAGGCUGAACCUGGGCCUGAGAGGCCUGCUGGCUGGGAGCGUCAUCGGAGCCGUGCUGGGGAUUCCUGCGGGUGCCGUGAUCAUCGGCUUGCAGUCUCUGACAGGAGAAACCUUUAGAGAGCGGAGACGGCGAGAACGACGAGAGCUCUACGAACUAAAACUCGCAGAAUGGUCGGCCCGUCUGCAGCUGACCGAUGAGCUGAUCGACAGUUUGAACGUCAGCGUUCGGCCAGAAGAAACCAAUAAGGACCUGGAGAAGAUCGAGGAGCUGCUCAGUUUACCUCGCAACGCCGACAAAGACUCGAGCAGCCAAUCACAGUAGCCGAAUCACUUCCUGGUAUUUUCCACUCUUUAAAUGUCGGACGUGUUCUCAGUGAAGAGGUCAAAGGUUGCCUGGACUCUGGAUUUGAAGACUCAACAUGGAAGACAUUGUAAAAAAAGAACAUUAUGGUUUAAAAAGUCUUUAUAUCCACUGGUGUAAUUAAUCAUAAGAACUAGGAAACGUCCAACAAAAUCUCAAAGUAAAUAUAAAUAUAUUUACUUUUCCAUCUUAAUAAAUUAUUUUUAAUAC